AGGCAUUAACAAUCACACAUGGCAUUUACGAUUCACGCAUCACCAGAGAGACAGGUGUUUGCUGUGUGGUUUGCCACAGCAAAGAAGCCAGCCAAGUCUUGUCUGGGAUCCUUGUGAUCGCUGCCUUGGGCUCCCUCUCCCUGGGAAGCGGCCCGUUGUUUCCAAAGCCGACCGCCGGCGUUUCCAGCCUCCCCCGGCAUUUUGAGGAAGCACAGCUACGUGAAAAAAAGUUCCAACGCCGCGCCCAAAGUGGAGCAGUGUGCGGGUUAAUGUGCGAGCAGAGCACGCGUGCAGCCUUGCUCGAGACUUCCCCAGGAAGUCAGCGGAGCUGCUGAGCGCAGCACCGAGCUCGCCCCAGGCUCCUUCCAAAACCCCUCCUGCCCCAGCUCUGCUUUGUGAGAGACGUGGUGAGAAAUUUCUGCUAAAGAGCUGCAGUGACAGUGGACCUAUCUGAUUAACAAAAUGAAGCCUGCUAAGCUGCACUAUUGGAUUUUGGGUUGUUUUUCUAUGGCGUUAUGUUGUUGGUGUACUUCAGAUAAAUUCCUUGAGAGUGACAGCCACCCUCAUACCUGGAAGAAGCUUUAUCUUGCUCAUCAUUGGCCAGUGACUGUAUGUAAGAAUGCUAAUGAUUGUCAAGACCCGCCGGAAUACUGGACAAUUCAUGGACUGUGGCCUGACAAAAGUGAAGAAUGUAAUAGGACAUGGCAUUUCAAUGUCACAGAGAUUAAGGAUCUUAUGCCAGACAUGAGACGCUAUUGGCCAGAUGUAAUUCAUUCAUCUUUGAAUCGUACCCAUUUCUGGAAACAUGAAUGGGAGAAACAUGGGACUUGUGCAGCCACACUUGAGGUCCUCAAUUCUCAGAAGAAAUACUUUGGUAAAACACUGGAGCUCUACCAGCGUGUUGACCUUAAUGGUUAUCUCCAGAAAGCUGGGAUAAAGCCAAGCAGUACAUAUUACCAGAUGACUGCCAUAAAAGAAGUUCUUACAAAAUUUUAUGGUGUAACACCAAAGAUCCAAUGUCUUCCUCCAGAAGAGGGUGAAAAAGCACAAACAAUUGGUCAGAUUGAAUUCUGCUUCACCAAGGAAUUGCAGCUGAGAAACUGCACAGAGCCGAAGGGUGAAUCCAACAGACUGCAGACCGACUUGCAGCUUGGAACUCGGGAGUUGUCUGUCUGCAGUGACACUCUUCCAGUCUAUUAUCCUUCACAGGUCCAACAUCGCAAAUGAAGCCACAAGAAUUCGAAAAACUUUUAAAACAAAACAAAUCAACAACAACAACAACAAAUCCCUUGAACAGUAUACCUUGGAAAACAGUCUUGACUUAGCAAUAUUACAAAAACCUGUCUAUUUCAGGAUGCUGUGAGGAUUUUUGCUGGAGAAAAAAAAAAUCUUUUGCCAUUAAAGAAGGAGGGUCUGUAUUGUGGCAUCAGUUACAUAGGCUGAAGUCUUGAAUUGUUGCUCUGAUAUUGAUGGGAUCAGUAUCUCAUUUAUAGCUCAGCCUGGACUUUUUGGCUCAUUUUUAAUUUGAAUAAGUGUUCAAACAAGAGAUGUGACUUCUUAGUUUCAUAUGCAGUUAAGUCUGCUACUUUAGCCACUUCUGUUUUAUGCCAGUGAGUGAGAGCAAUUAAGUCAUUCUUUGUUUUGAAAGGAUGUUUAUCAGCUUGAGAUGAGAUGACAAUUUCUUGAGAAGAAAAUAUUGUAGAUCAGAAGAACUUGAGACCUAUCUGGAGAUCCUUUCCCAGACAAUACCCACUGCCUUGUGUAAAUUUGCUUUCUAGAAGUUCUAAGUAAAGACCACAUCCUUUGAAGCAUUAAACCUUUCCUCACCCAGAGAUCACAAAGGACCAAAGAUGACAACCUUUACAUAACUCCUUAGUGAAUGAAAUAGCAUUCACCGUGUCUUGGCUUCUCUGCCAAAAGGACCCCCAGAAGCCUCUAGUUGCAGCCUUGCCUAUUCUUAGAUUGACUUUGUUACAGUGACUUCAUACAAUCGUGACGAAUGACAGAUCUUAAGUUACUGCUAGUAUAGGAAAAUAAUGUUAGACCCUAGAAACACAUUAUUCUAAAUUUUUUAUAGUAUUUGAACAUUUAACAUUCCCACAGAAGUGCAUGCCCAAACUUUUAUUUGAAAAUGAGAUUGUCGCAAAAUCACUUGGCUCCAAUAAACCGCUUUUUAUAGGUAAGCAGUAAACAUUGCAGGAAUUUCAGUGAAAAGUACAAAUGUUAGCAGUAGUGCUUUUCUGUCCAUUAACAGUUGAUAACAAGCCACAAAGUUGGAUGUUUCCAAAUAAGACCAGAUUUGGAUAAUAUCCUCUACACAGUUCUGUGUUGAUGCAAGUGUCUCAAAUUGUCUUUCAAAAGACAAUUAUGGCUCAAAGAAACACCUGUUAGAAAAAUAUAACUGUAAAAACAUCAAAUGCAGUGUUAAGAACAUACUUAUCAUAUCUUUUGGGUUUAGAAACCAUUCACAUUUACUCCCAAUUUGACUGCCCCUGUCUCUUUCAUUUAAGGCUUAGUUACUUUGCCCUUCCAGAAUGCUGUCAUUUUUUCAAGUUCUCACUUUAGAAACAUGGAUUUAAAAAAAAAAAAAAGUAAUAAAUAUGUUUUGCACUCUAUUGUGUCUAAAUUUCAGUAAAGUGAGGGUGUCUCUUUCAAAAUGUCUUCCUUCCUGAGAGCAGGAGUAUAACUAAUGUAACCGAUUUGAGGUAUGCUAUACAGCCUUUAAAGUUGCUCUUUCCCCUUCCACCAUUAGGGUCUUACUGGAAGUACUAGAAACUGACCUUUGUCAUCAAAACUGUGGAAUUCUGAAGGGAAAAGGCUAAGGAUGCAACAUGGUAUUUGCUAUAUAAAGGAAUAAAUUUACUGCUGUUUUAA